AUGACACAAGACUAUAUUUCCUCUUCCUUCACUGAGUUCCACAAGCCAGAAGGGAUCGAGGCACUAUGUUCGGAUCUUGAGGUGGAUUACAAUGAUAUCAAGAUUUUGAUUCUUGCUUGGAAAAUGGACGCCCAAAAGCAGGGAUAUUUUACCCAGGAUGAGUGGAGAAGAGGCUUGAAAGCUCUUCGAGUUGAUAAUAUUAAAAAAUUGAAGAAAUCACUGCCAGAAUUGAAGAAAGAGAUCCAGAGUGACUACAAGGUGAUGAAUAUGGAUCAGUGGAAGAAUUUUCUCCGGUUUUGUGAAGNUCUUCGAAAUUAUGAUACAUGCGAAGCUUGGCCUUUACUUCUCGAUAAUUUUGUCGACUGGCUUAAAAAGGAGGCAGUGUAA